ACAAGCCUGAAAUGCCUUUAUGGUUUUAGGCAUGGCUCCAGCAAAAAAAUCUAGAAGUGUAAAUAAGCGCUUUUCUCCUACAACUGAAAUCUCUCCCAGUAAAGAUGGCAAUGGGGACAAUUUGAAGAAAAGCUUGCAACGGAAGAGGAAGUUGUCUGACAUGCUAGGUCCUGAGUGGAGUGAGGAGGACCUGACACGCUUCUAUAAAGCAUACCGCAAGUAUGGUAAAGAUUGGAAAAAGGUUGCUGGUGCAGUGAAACCCCGAACUGCAGAGAUGGUGGAAGCUCUUUACACGAUGAAUAGGGCUUAUUUAUCUCUUCCAGAGGGGACUGCAUCUGUUGUUGGGCUGAUUGCCAUGAUGACUGAUCACUACUGCAACUUGGCAGCAAGCGACAGUGAGCAAGAAAGUAAUGAGGAUGCUGGAACGUCUAGAAAACCUCAAAAACGUGCACGUGUUAGGAUUCAGCCUGAUGUUUCUAAAACAUCUGAAGCGGCAUCCCCAACGUUAGCAGCUACUCAUGGAUGUUUAACUUUGUUGAAGAAGAAACGUUCAGGAGGAAGCCGGCCUCGUGCUGUUGGAAAAAGAACCCCACGCUUUCCUGUUUCUUUUUCUUAUGAAAAUCCCAUGGGCAAGAAGUAUUUUUCUCCAAGUAGGCGGAGUUUGAAACCACAGGCAGAUGACACUGAUGAUGAUAUGAAGAUAGCAUUAGUAUUAACAGAAGCUUCACAAAGAGGUGGUUCUCCUCAGGUCUCUCGGACACUAAACCGUUGGGAGGACAGUGCUUUGUCCUCACCUAAUGAGACUGCUGAAAGAAAGCGUGUUAAAAUGGGUACGGGCAAUGGAAAGCUUCUUAGUAAUGAAGUGGACGAAGAAGAGGGAAGCAUGGAAGCAGACACUGGAGAGCUGUUGAGGUAUAAAAAUGAUUUGGCGGACACAGGAACAAUUAGUCGAACAGCACAGAAGGGAAGAAGGCGUUACGGUGAAAAGUUGGAAGUUGAUGAUAGUGGUAACAACCAGUUUGAUGAUAUCAAAGAGGCGUGUAGUGGUACAGAAGGUCAAAGAUUGGGUGCGGUGAGGGGUAAACUUGAAAUGGAGGCCACAGAUGAAAAGAAUUCAAGGACCUUUUUACAAGGCUCUAGAAAGAGGAGCAAAAAGGUGCUUUUGAGGAGAGACGAAGACUCCCCUUUUGAUGCUCUGCAAACUUUGGCUGAUUUGUCGCUAAUGAUGCCAACAACAGAAAAUGAAGAUGAGUCAACGGUCCAGCUCAAAGAUGAAAUCGAUGAUCAUGUUGAUGAAUCUGGCUCCUUAGAAGCUGUGCCUGCUAACAAACAAAGAGACAAAUGUGAAUCAGUAGGGGUUAGAUCGAGAUGGAGUCAACCUGUAUCAAAGUUUGGAGUUAUUUCCAGUAAGACAUCAAAGCAUGGUAAAGUUAGACCUACUGAUGUUAGUGCUGUUCCUGAAACAAAGCAGGUUAGGCGGGCACAUAAAGCAAUGUUGUCUAAGGCUCGAAAAACUGAAGUUCAUAUUAACAACGAUGUCACUGACUCUCAGGAAGCUGAGGCAAAAGAAUUAUCAAAGAAAUCAACAAAUAAGGGUAAAAGAUCCAAUCAGAGUGUGUCGCCAAAAUUAAUCAAAGAUCAGGCGCAUUCAUCAUGUGCAGAUCCAAGAACAGAACAAAGUGAUUCAGCUCAAUCUACUUCACAGGUCCCUGUGGAAAACCAGGUUAAUUUGCCUACUAAAGUCAGAAGCAGGCGCAAGAUGGACCUGAAAAAACCUCAAAGACAGAAAACUUUGAAGAUUCCUGAUAAAAGUUUGGAUGAUACUAGUGCAUCCGUCACUGCACUUCAUGACAGAGCAUUCAGUCUUAGGGAAAAGAUUUCCAAUUGCCUUUCCAAACAUCAGGUACGAAGUUGGUGUAUAUAUGAGUGGUUCUACAGCGCAAUUGACUACCCCUGGUUUGCCAAAAGGGAAUUUGUGGAGUACCUGUAUCAUGUUGGAUUGGGACAUGUUCCAAGGUUAACUCGUGUUGAAUGGGGUGUCAUAAGAAGUUCUCUUGGCAAACCACGGCGAUUCUCUGAGCAAUUUUUGAAUGAAGAAAAGGAGAAGCUUAAUCAAUACCGGGAAUCUGUCAGAAAACAUUAUAGUGAACUUCGUGAAGGUACAAGGGAAGGGCUACCCGCAGAUCUUGCAAGGCCAUUGUCAGUUGGGCAGCGUGUCAUUGCUAUCCAUCCAAAAACAAGAGAGAUUCAUGAUGGAAGUGUGCUGACAGUUGAACGCUCCAGAUGUCGUGUUCAGUUUGACCGACCUGAGCUUGGGGUUGAAUUUGUCAUGGACUUUGACUGCAUGCCUCUAAAUCCUUUUGAAAACAUGCCCACAUCACUUAAAAGGCAUGCAGACGCUGUUGAUAAGUUUUUUGAGAGUUUCAAUGAGCUCAAGGUGAAUGUACGAGCAAAUGUGAUUUUGAAAUUUCCGGCUGGUGACAACAUGGAGAAUGAAGAUGUUUUCUCUCAUUUCUCCGCACCAACCCAUCCCAGCAGUAAUCUGCUAAAGCAGACAAAGGUGGCUUCAGCAGAAGCUGAUAUGCAAUGUAAAUCUGGAGUCCUGGAAACCGCCACAUACCAACAGAAAGCAUAUUUAAAGUCUUCUGUUGCUGCUCAAAUUCAAGCAAAGGAAGCUGAUGUUCAAGCUCUUGUUGAGUUGACUUGUGCACUAGAUAAAAAGGAUGCAGUGGUUUCAGAGUUGAGGCGCAUGAAUGAUGAUGUGUUGGAAAAUCAAAAGAGCAAUGGCUGUUUUCUUAAAGACCCAGAGCCUUUCCAGAAGCAAUAUGCUGCUGUGCUAAUACAGUUAAAUCAAGUCAAUCAGCAGGUUUCUUCUGCCCUGCAUCGCUUGAGGCAGCGGAAUACCUAUCAGGGAGGCAUUCCACUUGCAUGGCCAAGGCCAGUUACAAAUAUUGUUGAUCCCAGUGUGUUGUGCACUUUUGAUCGUGGUACAAGUCAGCCUCAGGAAUCAGUUGUCAACGAGAUAAUAGAAAGUUCAAAAAUCAAAUCUCGGACUAUGGUAGAUGCAGCCGUGCAGGCGAUGCUUUUGCUUAGUGGUAGAGAAAAAACCAUUGAGAAGAUUGAGGAGGCUAUUGAUUAUGUGAAUGAUUGGAUUCCGCUAGAUGACUCUUGCAUGCCCACUGCACCUGAUCCUAAGUCAAAGAAUAUGUCGGAUAGAAAUGAAGCAGAAAUUCCUUCCGAACUUAUCACUAAAUGUGUUGCGACUUUGCUUAUGAUUCAGUGUACGGAGCGACAAUUUCCACCCGCUGAUGUGGCGAAAGUGCUUGAUUCUGCUCUAGCAAGCUUGCAACCCUGUUGCUCGCAGAACUUUCCAGUCUAUGGUGAAAUACAGAAGUGUAUGGGAAUCAUCAGAAACCAAAUUCUGGCAUUAGUACCAACUUAGACCAUGUAUUAUCAGCAGUCUUUUAACCUCUUGUAAAUUUACUAUGUAGAUAACUAACCUUAUUCAUAGUUCAGCUCUCAGAUCAAUGCAAACUCAAUUUGCUUUGUGAAAAGUGAAAAUUAGUUUUGUUCUAUAUGUGUUUCCAAACUCAGCAGAAUUCCAGCUAAGCUGCCAUGAAAAUGCAAGUAAUCUAUGAAGUCAACAGAUUUUGAAAAAUA